GGCUCAGCUGAUUCCUACACAAGCCGACCGUCUGACUCGGAUGUGUCCCUGGAGGAGGAGAAGGAGGGCGGCCGGCAGGAGAGGGAGCAGCAGGCCACGGUUCAGCUGGAGAGGGCAAAGAGUAAAGCUGUUGCGUUUGCUGUGAGGACCAAUGUGAGUUACUGCGGUGCRUUGGAUGAGGAUGUUCCUGUGCCCGGCACGGCCGUCUCUUUUGAUGCCAAAGACUUCCUUCACAUCAAAGAGAAGUACAACAAUGACUGGUGGAUCGGCCGCCUGGUGAAAGAGGGCUGUGACGUYGGCUUCAUCCCCAGCCCGCUGAAGCUGGAGAACAUUCGACUUCAACAGGAGCAGAAGAGAGGACGUUUUCACAGCAGUAAAUCCAGUGCCAACUCCUCCUCUAGUCUGGGAGAAAUGGUGUCSGGCACAUUUAAACCAAACCCAAACUCUGCAGGAAAACAGAAACAGAAAGUGGUGACAGAUAUGAUGCAGAAAGCACUGUUUGACUUCCUGAAGCACAGGUUUGAUGGCAGGAUAUCCAUCACAAGGGUGACAGCUGACAUAUCGUUGGCCAAGAGGUCAGUACUUAACAACCCCAGUAAGCGGGCCAUCAUUGAGAGAUCCAACACCCGCUCCAGCCUUGCCGAGGUCCAGAGUGAAAUAGAAAGGAUCUUUGAGCUGGCCAGGUCCCUCCAGCUGGUGGUUUUGGAUGCGGACACCAUUAACCACCCAGCUCAGCUCAUCAAGACCUCGUUAGCACCGAUCAUUGUCCAUGUUAAAGUGUCAUCACCCAAGGCCCAAAGAAACCGAAACAGCAACCACACAACAACAGACCACUCACCUGUGGAACGCCACAGCUUGAUGCCUGCCGACGAGAACUAUCAYAACGAACGAGCACGGAAGAACUGCAACCGCCUGUCCUCGGGCUCGCAGCACAGCAGGGACCACUCUCCACUGAUGGAGGAGGACUACCAGGACCCCUAUCAGGACUCGUACAAGCCUCACCGUAACCGAGGAUCCCCGGGAAGCUACAGCCAGGACUCCAGGCAGCGACUUUAGGUUGUGGCCCUCUUCCCUGCUUUGAGGUGUGGAUCUCUGUGUCUCUGAACAUCCAUGGAAGAGCUGCAGCAACGUCAGCAGCUCUGUGAUGAGAAACCUGCACCAUGUUUGUGAACUGUAACAACCUCUUAUUUCUGUGUAGGACCUCGUAACCCCUUUCUGCCAGAACUGCUGCCAAUGAGGAUUUUUCUAUUUCUUUGAUGUGAACAAGUAGCACAAGAACAAACAUGUUUUUAAAAUGUAGGUAAAAUUAGAAGCAGUUUUAUAAUUGUGCUCUUUUAAUGGCGUGUAAGUAAAGUAGGGGAGACCGGGGACAGUAACAACAAGGGACGGUUGCAACAGGUCAUUUUUCUCCAAACAGAA